CCACUUCCUUUACAGGAGUCUCACCGGCGCCUCCUGAGAUACUCGAGAGAGUAGACGGAUAAACAAAAAUCCGUCCUGGAGAAGGAAGAGAGCGCGAGCACUCUCUCUCAAGAUCCUCUCUCAAUAUCCUCGUCGUCUCGCGCGGCGCUUUAAUAUAUACCGACUCUCUCUCUCUCUCUCUCUCUCUCUCCCUGUGUAUAAGUGUGUGUGUGUGAGGAGUGUGCAAAACGUCCCGGCCUCGUUCUGAGUCAACUCGCCAUACUCGCACUUUUUACUACAGGACGAGCCGCGCGAGACUGCCGCCUCGUCCGUUGCUCGUCGUCUUGUACUUUCUUGCCUUGUGCGUGGCUUCGCACACACUUACCCCCUUUCUUUCUCCACACCCGCCGAAGGCAGUGACAUCUAUUUCCCUCUCUUCUCUUCCCGUGAAAUUUUCCCAGUCGGCAAGAGAGAGAAAGAGAGAGAGAGUCCGCGAGGACCGAUUUUUGACGGAUGCGUCGUCCGUUCGGGUCGUGCUCAGAUUUUUUCAUGUUAUCGAAGAUUCGUGGCGGAGAAGAGAUCUAGCAACAUGAUCGGCAAGCAAAGCCAGCCCGAUAUCAACGAGGACAAUCAGGCACGAAUUAAACUGAUAGCGAACAAACGGAGAUUCCUGGAGGAGAAGUCAGCUCAGAUUGAAGCGGAGAUCAAAAGUUGUUUCGACGAACUAGCAAAAGCUCUUCAAUCUAGAGAGAAGCAAUUACUACGUCAGGCUGAAGCCAUUCAUAGACAACAACUUUCACUGGUAGAGACUUCAUUGGAAUUUCUGCCAUCAUCGAUAGUAGUCCUUAAUGAUAGAAACGAGCUAGAGGAACGAAUACGCCGAUUCGGUAACAUCGAAACACAUGGUUUAAAUGGAAUUACUAUGAAAGAUGCAGAGCCAUAUAAGGUUGUGGAUUAUCAAGACGCUAACAAAGAUCAUGUUAGCUUCGAUAAAGCAAUCAUGUCAAAAAUCAAAGAUCUGAGCCUUCCACGUUGUAAAGAUUUUAUAUCCGACUACAGAGCUCUGCGUAUUACAAGUUUGCCUACCACUUUCAAAAAUCACUUGCAAGAUUCACAGAAUGUAAAAGGCAAUGCAUUAAAGAUCUUCAAAAAUACAUUAUCCUUGUCGGGAUGCUCACCACUUUUAAUUAUAAAACGUAAACUUGGUCUAACACAUGUAUCCUUGGAUGGAUUGCAUGCCUUCGACAAAGCAUAUUCACAGACUAUACAGUCUCUUGAGAUGUCUUGUAAAAACACAGAGUCCUGUAGGCUCUUGACAAACGAAGAGAUUGAAACUAAUUUACGAGAAUUAGAUAAAGAAGUGUCCAGUCAGGAUGAUUGCGAAUUAAUUAGAUACUCAAAGCAACGAAAAAAAAACCAUGAGCAUCCGAUACAGGUGCAGCAAUGGUUACAACAAAUUCUUGCAGAGACUGAGAUAGAACCUGCGAUUCACGAGAUCGGGCAAUUCUCCGAAAUAUCCAAGGUGAAACUUUGUAAUAAGCUGUAAUCCCAAUUCAUCAAAUCGGUAUUUCUAUUUGGGGCCAAAGUUUCCAGAGCUAUGGAAAAACAAACUGAAAAGGCUGAUCUACCUUAGAAUUACACACCAGAUGCUUUUAAUUUAUACGAUCUUUCGUAAAUUGAAAAGAUAUCGUUACAUUUUGGAAUAAAACAGGAACACACGAGCAAGGACACCAAACUUGAACGAUAAAGAAAGGGAGAAAGAGUAAAAGAUUUAUUGUGUACAUUGAUAAACUUUAGUACCUCUGCAACAGAUACUCAUUGCAUUAUUCCUUGUUUAUAUAACAAACGCUUUGUAAAAAGGAGAAAGAGUAAAAGAUUUAUUGUGUACAUCGAUAAACUUUAGUACCUCUGCAAUGGAUACUUAUUAUGUUAUUCCUUGUUCAAUAUAACAAAUACUUUGUCGUUCUCGAAAUAUUGAACAAAAUUGAUUAGUGCCCUUUUAAAAAUUAUUGCUUAAAAUCGAUGAUUACCUAAUUUAUGAAACAAUUUAUAUAAGACUGUGUUUAUUCUAUUAAAAAUAUAUCGCGUAUUUAUUUAUCGUGUAUAGUCUUCAAUUUAUAUGCGGUUUGCUGUGUUAUGUUAUUAAUGAACAAUAUAUUGGUCGAUAAAUCUUGACAGCGAAUAAAUGAAUAAUCUUGAUGCAAUUUC